AUGUCAUGCUGUAGUGUGUGUGUGUGUGUGUGUGUGUGUGUGUGUGUGUGUGUGUGUGUGUGUGUCAGUCAGUCAGUCAGUCAGCGUGUCAGCGGUGAAAGUGUGCGGGUUUAAUCAUAAAGAAGGUGUUUAAUAACGUCAUCAUGGUGAAGGAGCAGUUCAGGGAGACGGAUGUGGCCAAAAAGAUAAGUCACAUUUGUUUUGGGAUGAAGUCGGCAGAACAGAUGCGUCAGCAGGCUCACAUUCAGGUGGUCAGUAAGAACCUGUACAGUCAGGACACGUCUCACACACCACUGCCCUAUGGAGUGCUGGACCACCGCAUGGGGACGAGUGAAAAAGACCGUGGCUGUGAGACAUGUGGGAAGAACCUGGCAGAUUGUUUGGGUCAUUACGGUUAUGUGGAUUUGGAGCUGCCCUGCUUUCACAUCGGCUACUUUAAAGCCAUCAUUAACAUCUUGCAGAUGAUCUGUAAGACCUGCUCUCGAAUCAUGUUGAGUAAAGAGGAGAGGCAGCAGUUCCUGGACUACCUGAGGCGUCCUGGGUUGCCGUACCUGCAGAAACGCGGCCUGAAGAAGAAAAUCUCAGAUAAGUGCAGGAAGAAGACCAUGUGUCUGUACUGCGGAUCCUUUAACGGUCCAGUGAAGAAAUGCGGUCUGUUAAAGAUCAUCCAUGAGAAGUAUAAAAGCAGUAAAAAGGUGGUGGAUCCCAUUGUGUCAGAUUUUCUGCAGUCCUUUGACACGGCCAUCGAACACAACAAAGAGGUGGAGGGACUUCUGACCAGAGCUCAGGAGAACCUGAACCCCCUAGUGGUGCUGAAUCUUUUCCACAGAAUUCCCAUUGAGGAUGUUCCUCUGCUGCUUAUGAAUCCAGAGGCAGGGAAACCUGCUGACCUCAUCCUGACCCGCCUCCUGGUCCCGCCCCUGUGUAUCCGCCCUUCUGUCGUCAGUGACCUCAAAUCGGGUACUAACGAGGAUGACCUCACUAUGAAACUCACAGAGAUCAUUUUCCUCAACGAUGUCAUCAAGAAGCACCGCAUGUCAGGAGCUAAAACUCAGAUGAUCAUGGAGGACUGGGACUUCCUGCAGCUGCAGUGUGCUCUCUACAUCAACAGUGAACUCUCAGGAAUCCCGCUCAACAUGGCACCCAAGAAGUGGACCAGAGGAUUUGUACAGAGGCUGAAGGGCAAACAGGGACGUUUCCGUGGUAACCUGAGUGGAAAGAGAGUGGACUUUUCUGGGAGAACCGUCAUCUCUCCAGACCCGAACCUGAGGAUCGAUGAGGUCGCCGUUCCUGUUCAUGUCGCCAAAAUCCUCACUUAUCCAGAGAAGGUGAACAAAGCCAACAUGGAGCUGAUGAGGAAGCUGGUGAAGAAUGGACCAGAUGUUCAUCCUGGAGCAAACUUCAUCCAGCAGAGACACAUGCAGAUGAAGAGGUUCCUGAAGUACGGGAACAGAGAGAAGAUGGCGCAGGAGCUGAAGCUGGGGGACGUGGUGGAGAGACACAUGAUCGAUGGAGACAUUGUCCUGUUUAACCGCCAGCCGUCACUGCACAAGCUUAGCAUCAUGGCACACAUCGCACGUGUGAAACCCCACCGGACCUUCCGCUUUAACGAGUGUGUGUGUACGCCGUAUAAUGCUGACUUUGAUGGAGAUGAGAUGAACCUUCAUCUGCCGCAGACUGAGGAGGCCAAAGCUGAGGCUCUUGUACUCAUGGGGACGAAAGCUAACCUGGUGACCCCAAGGAAUGGUGAACCUCUGAUCGCUGCUAUUCAGGACUUCCUCACAGGUGGUUAUCUUCUCACUCUGAAGGACACGUUCUUUGAUCGAGCUAAAGCCUGUCAGAUCAUUGCCUCAAUCCUGGUGGGCAAAGAUGAGAAGCUAAAAAUUGCCCUCCCUCACCCUGUCAUUAUGAAGCCUGUGCGUUUGUGGACAGGCAAGCAGAUCUUUAGUUUAAUCCUGAAGCCCAGUAAGAUCUGCCCAGUGAAGGCUAACCUGAGAACCAAAGGCAAACAGUACUGUGGAAGAGGAGAGGACCUGUGUCACAACGACUCCUAUGUGGUGAUCCAGAACAGUGAGUUACUAUGUGGCAGUAUGGAUAAAGGAACACUGGGUUCAGGAUCAAAGAACAAUAUCUUCUACAUCCUGCUGAGAGACUGGGGUCAGAUGGAGGCAGCUGACGCCAUGAGUCGCCUUGCCCGAGUCGCACCUACAUACCUCUCUAACCGUGGGUUCUCCAUUGGGAUCGGGGACGUGACCCCUGGUCAGGGUCUGCUGAAGGCCAAACAGGAACUGCUGGAUGCUGGAUAUAAGAAAUGUGACGAGUACAUUGAGGCCCUGAAUACAGGAAAACUCCAACAACAGCCAGGUUGUACAGCUGAGGAGACUCUGGAGGCGCUGAUCCUUAAGGAGUUGUCAGUAAUUAGAGAUCACGCUGGCAGUGCAUGUCUGAGAGAGUUGGACAAGAGUAACAGUCCUCUCAUCAUGGCUCUGUGUGGCUCAAAGGGUACUGAACCAAACCUCCACUGUACUCCCACUACACUCCCACUAUACUCCCACUCUACUCCCACUACACUCCCACUAUACUCUACUCCCACUAUACUCUACUCCCACUAUACUCUACUCCCACUAUACUCUACGCCAUCAGUGGCUCUCGAGUCCUGA